CGGUGUUCAAAGUUGAAAUCAUGGAGUCCGACGCCGCCAACGUGGUUGUGCCUCGACGAUUCAGCGGUCGAAAGCCCGAUGCUAACUCAUCUUCGUGCGCACAAGAAGGAUGUGAGGGAGGAGCGUGUGCCACCGAGACCAAGUUGGUGAAGCGCAAACCUUCGGCCGCAGCCCAACGCCGCAAGAUGGCCAACCAAAUCCCAGACGAGAUUCAAAACGACCCCCAGCUCACCAAGGCCAUCGAACAGCUUCCGUGGAACUACAACUUUGAAAUCCGCAAGACGAUCUGGAAGAUCAAACAAGCUGGCGCCAAGCGCGUGGCCCUUCAAUUCCCCGAAGGAUUGCUGCUGUAUGCAUGCGUGAUCUCGGACAUCCUCGAGCGCUUUGCCGGCGCCACAUCCAUCAUCAUGGGUGAUGUGACGUAUGGAGCUUGUUGCGUGGACGAUUUGACGGCGAAAGCGCUGGGCGCGGACUUUAUGGUGCAUUACGGGCACAGUUGCUUGGUGCCCAUCGAUGUGACGACAAUCAAGAUGCUAUAUGUGUUUGUGGACAUUACGAUCGACGUCUCCCACUUGGUGGAGUGCAUGAAACUUACGUUUCCACAACACACCAAGCUAGCACUCAUGGGCACGAUUCAGUUUGCUACAGCCAUGCACGUGGCCGUCACGGAGCUCAAACAUCAUUUCCAUGACAUCGUCGUGCCCCAAGCCAAGCCUCUGUCCCCUGGCGAAGUGUUGGGCUGCACGUCGCCGCAAUUCCCCGACCGCGAUGCAUUGGUGUUUGUUGCCGACGGACGCUUCCAUCUCGAGUCGGCCAUGAUCGCCAACCCAUCCGUGAAAGCGUUCCGCUACGACCCGUACCCCAAAGUCCUAUCAUGUGAAAGCUACGACUUGCCCCAAAUGGUCUCGAUUCGAAAAGAAGCGAUCGACCGAGCCAAGUCGGCGCAAACGUUUGGCAUUAUCAUGGGCACGCUGGGACGCCAAGGCAGUCCCGUGAUCCUGAACCAUCUCACGUCGAUGUUGGACAGUUGCGGCAAAACGUACUUUACGCUGCUGCUGUCGGAAAUCUUCCCUGACAAGCUGGCCCUGUUCCACGAAGUCGACGCGUGGAUUCAAGUAGCAUGUCCUCGGCUGUCUGUUGAUUGGGGUUAUGCCUUUACCAAGCCACUGCUCACCGCGUACGAAGCAGAAGUGUGUUUGGCUGGUAUGACGUGGCAAGACGACGCGUAUCCGAUGGAUUUUUACGCCAAAGGCAGUGGUCCGUGGACCAACUACUUUAACACAAAAUAGACUUGGUUUUGUGUGUGCUUUAUAUA